AAGAUAAAAAGUGGUUUGGAGUCAGUUAAAAAAUCGAACGCAGAGCUCUUCUCUCAGGUUCAGGACAUCUCUCAGAGAUUGUCGGCUCUGGAAAGUCAAGGUACAAAUUUUUGGAGUCAGUUGGCGAAUUAAUGCUUACUCAGUCAGCAAUAGCUUCCGCGUAAUAGUGUUUGUUCAAACGAAUUUUACGAUAAGACUUUUUUCCGGUCGAAUUUCCUUUUUGUGAAUUUACUAUUCAGUUUAGAACCUAAACAGUAUAAUUAAUGUUUACAGUAUAAUUAGAGUUGAUCCGCCAUCUUGUGUGCAGUUUUCCUAUUGCUAGCAGUCCGAGAACAUAACAAUUAGAAAAUAAUUAAUCACUUCGUAUUUACAAUUGUAAAACGCAUUCAGUGAAGAGCGCUCUUUGAUUUUUUGUCAAUAAGUCUCAAGCUUGUUCAUUUCAAUUGUUCUUUUAGCUACGAACGUUUACGCUUUACAAUUUACCCGCAAAGGAACAAGUGACUAUGUUGUCACACGCGGCAUGCCAAGCCUCAAGGCAGUCACAGUUUGUCUUUGGAUGAAAUCUUCGGAUAAGGGGAACGAUGGAGUACCGUUAAGCUACGCAGUGUCCGGAUGAUACGAUGAACUGCUCCUGUACAACUACAAAAAGUUUCAUUUUGGAGUAGGAAAAAACGGCAGGUAAACAAACAAACUCAGUAUUGUAGAAAUUUCGCUUAUCAUGGACCUUUAAGAAAAUAUGUAGGCUCCGGUUGUUCAAAAAGCAGUGUCGGAUGAAAUGCUAAGUGCAGAAGAUACAUGAGUGUUAUGAACACCAAUUUUGCUCUUCAACUUUAAACAAGAAUGUAAAAAAGAAAAGAGACAAAAUAAUGAAAUCUAUUGUAAUCAUUUCAUUACAUUUAGACAAACAGCUGUAUCGGCAAACGAUGGCCGAUGGCACCACAUCUGCGUAACAUGGGAAAACAGCGCUGGAUCAUGGAAGAUGUAUAAAGAUGGAAAGGUGGCAGCUUCUGGAAAAGGCAUCAGUACAGGUAUUUUUCUCCCCUGCGACUAGGUGGGCACUUGACGAAGAAGUGUAAAUACUUACAUAAAAGUUUGGUAAAAUAACUAGAAAACUCAACAGCAAUGAUGAUAGAAGUGCCUCAGGACGUGGAAUUUUUUUUUUUUUUGCUCACAAAAGAGAAAAAUAUUGAAUAGGGUCACUGAAUUACGAAGCACAGAAAAGUAUUAAAGAAGUUGAUUUCUAAUUCUUCAAUUUCAAGGUCAUGUGAUUCGUGGUGGUGGGGUGCUUAUACUUGGUCAAGAACAAGAUUCACUGGGAGGAUCCUUUGACGCCAAUCAGUGUUUCAUUGGUGAAUUGACGGGUGUCAACAUCUGGAAUCACGUGAUCAAUGAGCAACAGAUCAACCACAUGACCAAGUCCUGUCUGAGAGGGGUGGGGAACGUAUUCCAGUGGAGUGACUUCAAAUCUCACGUGAAAGGCUCAGUGCGUUCGAUUAAACCGUCAUGUUAG